AUGAGCGUCACAAAUCUAGUCCGGUACUGUUCGCUAACAUCAAAAUUGAGCUGUUUUACAACACGAUCUUUGCUAUUCAUACAAUCUAGUAACUGUGAUGCUCGACGAUAUGCUGGUCAUGCUCAUUGGCAAAAUAUUGCAAAAACUAAAUCCACUAAUGAUCAACUCAAAGGACGUAUUAUAGGAAAACUAUCUACUAAAAUUGUUACAUCCAUUCGACAAAAUGGAAACGUUACCGAUCCACAAUACAAUGCUGUAUUACGAGCAACACUUGAAGAAUGUCGUAAAAAUAAUAUGCCCAAAGAAACUAUUGAUCGAGCUAUUAAACGUGCUAUUGCUCAAAAAGAUAAUACAAAACAAACUCUAUUUGAAUUUGUUGGUCCCGGUCGAGCAUUUUGUAUUAUUGAAAUGAUGACCGAGAAUCCUAAACGUUCUUUUAAUUAUCUCAAUAAGAGUGCCGCUAAAAUUGGUAUUCCAGAAAUAUCCAAAAGCGGACAAAUCGCAGAAUAUUUUGAUCAGCGUGGUUAUGCAUGUAUUGAAAAAGCAGAUAUAACUGAAGAUAAAGCCACAGAAUUAGCCAUAGAAAUCAAUGCCGAAGAAGUUAUCGAAGCGCUUGAUGAUGACGGUGAACGAACAGUAUGGAAAUUUCUUGGGCCGCCAACAUUCUACGGUCAAAUGAAAGUUAAUUUAACUCAACGUGGUUAUACUGUAACUUGCGAUGGUUCAGAAUUUAUUCCAAAAGUGACUGUACCACUAAAUGACCGUGAUAAAGCAUUAUUAAAACAAAUCAUCUCUAUGUUUGAAGAGCUCGAACAAGUUGAAGGCGUUCAUACUAAUGCUGCAUAA